UUCACUCUCUCUUUCAGCUACGUUCACUGUGGACUUGUGUGUGCUGAGCUUUGUAGGGUAGAGUGUAUAGGUGCAUGUAAGGGAGCUAGUGGAAGUGCUUAGAGCUUUAGCAAGCUUAAGUUCACUUUUGUCUCAGUGUGCUUUCAGCUGAGGUGCUACUUUUACAUGGAUCAGAAAGAAAAAAAAAGGGAGAGAAGAAAACAAGACAAGGGGACAGAGUAGAUAAACAGAUUGAGGGCUUAGAAAAGACAAUACACACACACACACACACACACACACACACACACACACACUUAACUCAAGUGUUUUGAGAUCUGGUCCCGGUGGUCAGUUUUGUCCUGCUUGGACUGACCAACUCAAUAAGAGGGAUGUGAUCAUUGUGUGCUUCUUCAUCCUGACGCUACACACAUACAUACACCUGCUCCAUCCUCAGGUGCUGCUCUGAAGAUCUGGACCUCUGUUAGUAGCUGUGUAUCUUUGGUUUCAUCAUGGACUACGUUUGGGGGAUGGCAGUGCUGCUGUGUGGGCUCUGGACGCCGCAGAGAGGAGCCGAUGCUCAACGUGCCAAAAGCAACGUGCCCCGACUCAAACUCUCCUACAAAGAAAUGUUGGAGUCAAACAACUUGUUUACUUUCAACGGACUAGCCAACAGCUCGGCCUACCACUUAUUUUUACUGGAUGAGGAGAAAGGUCGGCUUUUUGUAGGAGCAAAGGAUCAUCUCCUGUCUUUUAACCUGAUAGACAUCAACAUGGACCAGCAAUUGAUUUCUUGGCCUCCAUCUUCGUCACAUCGGGAUGAGUGCAGGUGGGCUGGAAAAGAUGUCCAGAAAGAGUGCUCAAAUUUUAUUAAGGUGUUGCAGCCAUUUAAUCACACUCAUGUCUACGCUUGUGGAACAGGGGCCUUCCACCCUGCCUGUGCUUAUGUGGAGGUGGGCAAACGGUCAGAGGACAACAUCUUCAGACUGGAGUCAUCACACUUUGAGAACGGCCGAGGCAAAAGCCCCUAUGACCCUAAACUUAUGACUGCUUCACUACUUAUUGAUGGUGAGCUGUAUUCUGGGACAGCAGCCGACUUCAUGGGGCGAGACUUUGCUGUUUUCCGAACGUUAGGAAAGCAUCAUCCAAUCAGGACAGAGCAGCAUGAUUCCCGGUGGCUCAAUGAACCUAGGUUCAUAAGUGUCCACCUCAUUCCCGAGAGCGAUAACCCUGAAGACGACAAGAUCUACAUGUUCUUCAGAGAGAAUGCCAUUGAUGGAGAACAAACCGGCAAAGCCACGCAUGCCAGAAUCGGACAGCUGUGUAAAAAUGACUUUGGAGGUCACAGGAGUUUGGUGAAUAAGUGGACCACUUUCCUUAAAGCUCGGCUCAUCUGCUCAGUCCCAGGCCUUAACGGAAUUGACACACACUUUGAUGAGCUGCAGGACAUUUUUCUGAUGAGCUCAAAGGACACCAAGAACCCUUUCAUCUAUGCAGUGUUCACAACAUCCAGUAAUAUCUUUAAAGGCUCAGCAGUGUGUAUGUACAGCAUGGCUGAUGUAAGGAGGGUGUUUUUGGGUCCCUAUGCUCACAGAGAUGGACCCAAUUACCAGUGGGUGCCCUUUCUAGGCAGAGUUCCCUAUCCACGUCCUGGCACGUGUCCAAGUAAAACCUUUGGAGGGUUUGAGUCCACAAAGGAUCUACCCGAUGAUGUUAUCACUUUUGCCCGGAGUCAUCCAGCUAUGUACAACCCAGUGCUUCCCCUCAACAACCGCCCAAUCAUUAUCAAGACUGAUGUGGAUUACCAGUUCACACAGAUCGUUGUUGACCGAGUGGAGGCAGAAGACGGACAGUACGACGUCAUGUUCAUUGGCACAGAUCUUGGAACGGUUCUUAAGGUGGUCUCAAUUCCCAGAGGCACUUGGCAUGACCUUGAGGAAGUUUUACUGGAAGAGAUGACUGUGUUUAGGGAACCAACAGCUAUAACUGCUAUGGAGCUUUCCACCAAACAGCAACAGCUCUAUCUCGGCUCGAAUAUCGGUGUUUCCCAGAUGCCUCUGCACCGCUGUGACGUUUACGGCAAGGCUUGCGCUGAAUGCUGUCUAGCACGAGACCCCUACUGUGCCUGGGAUGGCUCACAGUGUUCCCGAUACUUCCCCACUGCUAAGAGGAGGACUCGGCGCCAGGACAUCAGGAACGGAGACCCUCUCACUCAGUGCUCGGACCUUCAGCAUAACGACGAGGAGAAUGGUGAGAGCACCCUGCUGGAUAAAACAGUGUAUGGGGUGGAGAACAGCAGCUCCUUCCUGGAGUGCAGCCCUAAGUCUCAGCGUGCUCUCAUCUACUGGCAGUUCCAGAGACAUGGAGAGAACCGCAAACAAGAGAUAAAAUCUGAUGAACGAGUGCUGGGAACUGAACAGGGUCUACUAAUCCGAAGUCUUCUUCCGAAGGACUCGGGUGUAUAUUACUGCCACGCAGUGGAACAUGGUUUCAUCCAGACACUCCUGCGGCUGACGCUACAUGUCAUCCCCUCUGAUCACCUGGACGAUCUCAUACAACGGCCACCCUCAGAUACCGGCCGCUCCUCACACGGCAAACUUUGGUACCAGGACUUUUUGUCUCUGAUCGAUCCACCCGGCCCUAACAGUGUGGACCAGCUUUGUGAGCAAGUGUGGAAGAAAGAGAGGAAGCAGAGGAGGCAAAAAGCCCAUCACCUACAUGCUACACAAUCACAUGCUGCUCAGCUUCUUCACACCAGUCAGUCAAACUCCAGCAAGUGGAAGCUCAUGCAGGAGAGCAAGAAAGGACGCAAUCGUAGGACCCACGAGACACCGCGGGCACCUCGCAGCGUGUGACCUCAUGCUUUUAUGACUGCGCCCCCAAAUGCCAGAUAAAGAGAAAUGACUCUGACCAUUCUACUGACUGUGACUCUGAGAGGCACACACAGGAAAUGUGAAUAAAAUAUUCCACCUCUCCUGUACCGAGAGUGUAUGUUGGUGGUGAAGCACACUCCCACUCAGAGCUUUUCAUUCAGACUAAACAUCCAGGAGUCCCCAGUGGAAAGUUUCACUUAUACCACGAAUGGAUAUACUGUAAUAACACAGAGGGACAAUAUUCUGUAAAUAUUACACAGAAUUCAAUGAACAUGUCUAUGAGACGUACUCCUGUUUGUCAGAAAAAAAGGCACAGCUGAAGGCCACUGACUAAACAUCUGUGCAUAUAUACUGCAUAAAACCCAUAAAUGUGUAUCUGCAGAACAAAGCUGAGUCAAACCCUUUCCCAGUGAAGAUUCAGCUUGUCUCAGUGUCCUCUUUGUCCCACCAGCUAUUUUCCUUCUCCUUAUUGUUAACUGCUCCAAAAGCAUUUGGCCACGACACUAACACACAAUGUGUGUGUUCUUAUUGUCAAUAAGCUUUCCGGCAUAAAUGCAUCUGUCAGCUAUUUUGUAGAGUAAUAUUUAAUUUUAUACUUUGUCAGAAUUAUAUAUAAAAAUAUUACAUGAUAUAGAGUUAUUUUAUUAACGGGUCUCUUCAUCCUCUCACCCAAGCCUCUGUUUUCUGGGCUACUAAACAUUUGAACUCUCAUUUUCUUUAUCAGAGCUGCUUUUUGAUUUUCAGUAUAACCUUUAAGAUAGAAAUCUUGAUUCAGCAGAAGGAGACACGCAACAUCAGCACGAUUAGAUAAUGUUGUUUAUACGCCAGCCCUCUUGAAUGCUUGAAUCUGAUUGGUUAGAAAGUGUGAAUUAAUUUUCUGUAACAGUAGGGAGACAACUCGCAGGUUUGCAUUAAUUCAAAUAAAUUUGGGGUUUUUUUCUGCAGUAACAAGUUCACAGGAACUUGUGUGGUAAACAUUCCACAUAAUUUACAGCUAUACUGUAUAAAUAACAAAAAAGAAUAAAAAGCAUCAAAUUAUUGCUGUUCUGACGUUUUCCGUAAGGAGAAGUUCAUAUGAAAUUUUUGGAAGGAGUCUCCAGUGUCAGUGUUUGUAAAUUUCAGAAAGUUUUCCGACAUAAAAAAGACUUUAGUGCAGAAAACUUUGCGAUUUUACCCAAUAACAUGACAACCUACAUUUGCUUUGCUUUGUCUGUUUGUUGGGGUGUUUGUUUUUCCAAAUAUUUUACUUCAAGCCAGGUUACAAAUGAGGGAAUGAUUUUUUACAGCUGUUAAACAUAUGUACCACAAAACUAAAUAAAACAAUAAAUUUUAAUUUAAUAAUGAAAAUUUAGAAUCAGUGACAAAUUGCCUUGUCAGAGGAGCCAGAAAACACUUCUUGUGCUGUUAGAGCAAAUUCUUUAUACAUUAAUUCCUUUUUCACAUUGCCACAUCAUCCUGUAAAUGAUUCAUUUGUUUUAACUGCACCCAGUGGGGUGUUUUCUUCCUUAAUUAAAUACAUUUAUAAUUGAUCGGGUGUCAGCUGACACAUUUUUAGCUGGUGAUUUAAUUUUCUUGAUUAAAAAAUAAUCUCAAGAUCGAUCUUUUUUUUUUUUUCAAAAUGGAAACCAUUAGCAAAUCAGACCUCUCUGACACACCAUUCAUACAGUAUGUAUUUUAUGCUUUUUCCUCUUGCUGUAAAUUUCAACUGACAGCCAAUUUGUAUUCUGCCUGCAUUGUAUUAUUGUGAAGAACUAAAUGCAGAAAGUGUAGUGUAGUUUUUCACUGGGAAAAUGAAAUAAAUCUUUUUUUAAUAUGUUCCUGAUUUUUUUCCCUGUAGUACAGAAAUAAAGAAAUAACCUAGAAAAGACAGACGAUAUCGAUUUAAUUCUAAAGAAAUGUAUGUAAAAACACCAGAAUGUAGCUGUGAAUAUACUGUAAAAUAUUUGAGAAGAAAGAUAAACGUGUACAACCUGCAUGCGAAUGCUCUUCUCAUCCCAUUUGCUCCGCUAGCAUUUGCAGUAUAUAGUUAGUAAUGUUGUGAGUUCCACGUAUGGCUGUAGACUCCUGACAGUCCACAUUUACUCUCAGGUGGAUGUACUACUUCUCUUAGAUAUGUGACAAAGACAGUGUUAGCUAAGGGCUGUACUGCUGCCUAUGGUACUCUCUCCCACUGUAGCUCACACGGAUGAUGUAUACAUUACAUGGACCUGGAUUCUCACAGGUCAUGCAGGACUGUGCUUUUUUCUCUUUUUUACAAUGUACAAUGAGAAAUGUAACUCAAAACAGUGUAUGGUUAACGGAUCUUGGACAGAAACGGACACUUCUAAAACAGUCGGGCAAAAAUGGAUGAAAAAAUGCUGCUGUAAAUUAUUUGUUUUGGCAUGUAUUCCAAUGGUCUAAUAAAUGUGUCUUGUAAGAAUUUGCUCUGAA